GAAGUCCAAGCCAGAUCUGGUUCAAACAUUCCACAAUGUUGUCAAUGCUCCUCACCCCUGAACAAGAAAGUCACGCAAAUGGGGUGUUCAUACGGAGAAGGGAACCAACUACCUGGCUGCCUGUCUAAAACCAGUAACGUGGUAGCUGGAGAGAGAAGAGCUGGAACUCUGGAGCCUACGGAUGAGCUGCCUAAUCAGAUGGUACCAUCAAAGGAGGAAUGAAGCAUGUUUUUACUUAGCUGUAAGAGUACCAACAAAUUUGUCAACAUUUGUAAAUGACACUCAGUACUGAGGGAUUCGGUCAAGAUCCCAGCGUUCAAAAUCCCAAUGCCAGAAUCCUGACACUGCAUGGAAUACCGACGACAGGAUGCCAACAUGGAUCGCAAUGCAAGCGCCAGAAUCCCGAAUGCAGAGAUCCCGAAUGCAGAGAUCCCAAAUGGAUGUCCAGGGACCAGUGCCCCUGAUCCCUCCUUCCCCCCACUCCUCAGAAGAAUUGCUGGACAGCAACGAGGAGUGGGCCCCGACCCAGGAGGAGGAGAUGGCCGAACAGGCAUCCAGCGAUCAACCGAGGUCAUCAAGGGACCAAGAAAGUAGAAAGAAAAAGAAAAGGCCAAGACAGGCAAGAAGCCAGCCAGAGGAUCAGUCAGAGGAGGAAGCCCCUGUAGAAGACACAGGACGGAAGAAUCCACGUGGACCCCGGUACACCGAGGCAGAAAACUGUGUCCUAGUGGAUGGCGUCGACAGGCCCAACGACAUUAUGUAUGGACCAAGGGCACAGACAACAGCAGCAAAGACAAAGAGGAAGAUCUGGGACACCAUCGCGGGUCAAGUCACUGCAGUAUCUGGAAACUGCUGAAGCAUCAGAAACUGCAUGAAGCGGUACAUUGAUUGCCGUAGACAGACCAAGAAAAAGAUAGGGUUUCAGCGCCGACAUGAGACAGCAACCGGAAGUGGUCCGGCUCUCAAUUUCAAGUGGCUGCCCUGGGAGGAAGUUAUAAAAAGGCGCAUAAACCCUGUCAUGGUCCAAGGAGUUUGAGGAAGUGUGGAAUCCACAUGUCCUGCUGGCUUUCCCGAGGAUGAAGAACCGCCUAGAAGAUGGCGGGAGCCCAGCAGUCCAAAAGGAGGCGUGAUGACACGCCUGCCCAGAGGACAUCACCUGCACGCAGGACAUCACCAACGUGCAGACCAUCACCUGCGCGCCGGACAUCACCUGCACGCUGACCAUCACCUGCGUGCCGGACAUCAUCAGCGCCCAGACCACCACCUGUGCGCUCAACUUCAAAAGUAUGCAGUACAUCACCUGCGCGCAGGUCAUCCCCAGCUCGUGAUCAAUCCUCCAGGAGCUCAGAGACUGUGACUCAAGAGCCUCAAAGAGACAUCACCCUUGUGGACCCAUCACCUGACCUGUUUGAGUCGACAGGGUUAACCGAGGAGACAUUUCUAGGGUUUGAUGACAGCCGUGCUGACGCAUCCAGCCAUACCCAAGAAAAGUCUCCAGAUUUGAGGCCCAGAGAAGCUCCUGGAGCAGCGGCACCACAGAAUGCAGAUGGUUCAUAUAUGAAUCCAUUGUUUUUUCGUCACCAUUUUCUAUUGUUUCCUAACUUAUGUUUUUCUGUGUGUACUUCUGCAAACAGAGGUGCCACGAACCAGUAGCGGAUUCGCGUCAGGGAUUGGUCCCUACUUCAGCCGGAUCUGUUACAGGAAGAGUCGGACGACGAGGUGGAUGUGCAGCAGCCCGCAGUUUCUACAUCCCUGUCUUCACAAAUGCAAUUGGUGGCAGACGUUCAGCAAGGGCAGGAUCCCUCAAGGAUUCAGAGGGUAAACUACCUGGCAACAGAGAUUCAGGACCGCCAGGAGAGUUUUCGGGAUGUAAUCAACACCAGACUGGAUGCCUUUGAGAAGUCAAUGGAGAAGAUGGCCACCAGUAUGGUUGAAAUGCAAAAGGCCAUGUCCGACAGCACGGCAGAAAUGAGAAAAAUCAGGCAGGCAGAUCACAGGGAGACUAUGGACAUCCUUCACGUUCUGGUCACAUCCAUCAACCGUCUGGUGGAGAACACGGCAUGCCAGUCGCACAGCAUUCACAACAUGUCAGAGAGCCAGCGACAUUCCGCAGCCAGCCAACAGAUCAUCGCAAUGACACUCCAGAUGAUCUAUGACAAACUCCCAGAGCCAGCUCAACAACAUGCUGGUCAAACACCACAUCCGCCACCACAAGCCACACUGACGCCUCCUGCCCUUGCUCUACCACAACCCUGGUAUGGACAGUCACAGCAGUACCAAGGGUAUACAGGGAUGUACCCCAUCUACCAGAUGCCUCUACCACCAACACCGGCCUCAACAUCUACACCAGCGCGGCCACCAAGGCCAGUACAUCGCACUCCACUGCCACCAAGGACACCGUCGCCACAUCAGGAGGAAGAGGAUCAGGACAGCCCCCGCACAUGAUAGCGCGGUCGUAUUAUUUCAAAUGUUAAUUUUCCUGCUUUCCCAUUUCUCCCUCCCAUUAGUUUUUUCUUUGUAUUGUUUUAAUUUCAUAUGUAUUCCUCCCCCCCCCCCCCCCCCAACCGGGUACUACCAAGGAGCUAUGUCUAGACAUACAUGCGCGGGCAUGUAUGAGUGUGGUAACUGAUGAAAGCUCCUUGUGGUUACAUAUAUGAUGGGACAAAGAGCAAAUCUGAUACCAGUUUUUUUUUUUUUAAACCCUUAGGUGAAAAGUUGUGUAAAUUAAGCAUUCACUUUUGUGUUGCUUGAGCAUUCACUAGUAUUUUUUUUCAAUUUUUCAUAGGGAUGGUUGACAAAGGUGUGGACAGCGUUUGUGGUGUUCUUGCAAAGGUGAGUAAUGCCAUGUUGCACUAUACACACGCUUACACAAACCUUGUCCCGCCUGCACUUGGGGAACCACACAGUCCAGCAAUGGGUUUUGGCUGGGCUGCUUGGUUCCCACAGGUGCAGGCCUGGCAAAGUACAGACUACUGACACCAC